AUGGUCCUCCGAACCCAAAAAGACACCGGUCGAAGAGACCAGAGGGCUGAGUCGGAGCUCAUAACGACACAUGAACAUGAAAGCGAAUGGGCUCCCCAGCGCCAUUUAAAACGGCAAAGAACUAGCAGCCAUGGCGGGGGCAGAUCGAUCUCGUUUCCCAACUCUGCGACUACUUCGAAGGCUUCGUCUAGGCGCCCUCCAACGGUUGCGGGCGAGAUGUCCCCCACCACGCCUUCAGGUUUUCUCAUGGAAAAUAUACACUCCUUCGAGCAGCAGAUAUCUUCUGUCUUGCCAGAGGUAGAGAGUCUCUGGCCGUCACAACCUCUCUUCCCACAGGAAGAGCCAGAAUGUUCCACUGCCGGAUCCUAUGUUUAUAAAUGUGAGAUAUGUGCGAAGGUGUUCUCCAUAUCGAGUCAACUCAAGCGACAUCAGAAAGACCAUGAAAAGCCAGAACUUUGCAUGAGCUGCGACAAGCGGUUUCCUACUAAGUCCGAACUGCGACGCCACGAACAAAGCGUACAUGAGUCUUCUAAGAGAUUUUACUGCAAGAUGGUGCCUUGCAAAUACAAUAAGACCGGUAGCCAGGAUGAAGGGACUUAUUUUGGCAACGACAUAUAUUUUGGUCGACUAGCAGCUGUCCGCAGACACCUGAAGGAGGUACACAGGAUAUCCGAUAAUCUCGAUACAUGGAUCGAAGAAGAGAAACAAGAGGAGCCAAUCGAAACUCUGGCGGAAAAGUUGUUAUCAGCUCAAAUUGAACAUCCUUAUGGAAGUAAUUCUUAUUUCAUACCGAUCGAUCAAUUGGAAAACCUACUCGUCGAAACGAACAUACGGCAAGAACUGCGCAAGAUCUUUCCCACCAUGGAUGAAGAGAAAAUUGAAUUCUACACUCACUGCAUCUCCUCUUCUUCCCGGAAACUCUUCGCCGUUCUUCUCUGCACUUCGUCUGGAGCCCAAGGGAAUCAGAGCCGAGCUAUAUGCAGCUUUAUUGAAGAGGGCGUUACUGAUAUUGACCUACCAUUUGAGAGACUGUACCCGAGUCACCCUGACAACCCGGCCCUUUCAUUGAACCAAGCGAUAUUCACUUUGGCAAGGAAGCCCCAUGCCUCCUCAUCCAAGGAGUUAGGUCACACACCUCUGGUUGGUUUCAAUGCCGUCUUAAGAUGGCCCCGACUGGAGGUCCAAAAUUUCUCUCGUGAGCAAUGGCUUGUCUUAGCUCCAGUUUUCGAAGGCCCACCAGGCACUACUCCUCUUGAUCUUUGUUUUCAAAAUAGUAUCGUCUUGCCUUUCAAGGAAGAUGGGGAGAACGAUGAGGAACUACUCAAAUUUGGAGGCUAUUGUGAGAUGUGGCCUGUACGAAUUCACCCGGCUCAUCAAAAACUCCUAACACCAACGAGUCGCUCGGGCCCUGAACCUCGCAUAGCAGUGAAGAGACUAUAUUCCCGUAAAUUAGGGGACUUCGAAAAGGAACGAAAAAUGAAAAGUCAACUUGCACUACAGAAGCACCCACAUUUAGUAAGAUUGUUGAUCACAUUCAAAUUGAAGGGCCGUUUCUACUUACUCUAUCCAUAUGCCCAGUACAACCUGCGCGAGUAUUGGAAGACCCAUGCUCGCCCUGUUUCUAGACACGCAUAUCUCUGGUCUCUUCAGCAAAUUUGUGGACUAGCCUCCGCCUUAAUUCAGAUUCAUAAAUUCUCGACGGAGCCAACCUCGACAGAAGAUGCAGUGGAAUCAGCAAUUGUCAACCCCAAGAUUAGCCGUGAGCGGCCUUCCUUGAACGUUCGCCUGGUUGUCGAUCGAUCUGAGGCAUUUUUCGGCCGACACGGUGAUUUAAAACCUGAGAAUAUCCUCUGGUUCGACGACCUAGAAGGCGUCGAUCCACUCGGCAUUCUUCAGAUCACAGAUUUUGGCGUCGGACGAUUCCAUCGUCUGGAGUCAGGUUCCAAGAAAGAUCCUGCGAAGAUAAAUGGAUCAUCAAGUUACACCCCGCCUGAAUUGAUACUCGACAAAUUGGUGAGCCGUGCGUAUGAUAUUUGGAGUUUGGGAUGUCUUUUCCUUGAAUUCAUCACGUGGAUCAUUGAUGGUUAUGAUGGGCUAGAAAGAUUUGCGCUCGCCCGACGUGCGACAGCUUUUGAUGGUAUAGUUGACGACACUUAUUAUACAUUGUUUGUUACAAGUACGGGUCAACGACGAGUUGAAGUCCGGGAAGGGGUAACCAAUUGGAUCAGAGGGUUACGUUCCAACCAGCGCUGCUCCAGAAUGAUUAUCGCUUUGCUAGACCUAGUGCAGGACCGAAUGCUUCAGGUCGACUCAGGGGAUCGCAUACACGCUGAUGGAUUGGAUGUGCUACUCCACGAAGUGCUUGAGAGGGCUAAGAAGGACAACGGCUAUCCCUUGAGUCCUUCCAACCCCACUCUUGAGUGUCAGGUUUACCCACACGUUACAUCGAUCGAGCGAAGCUAA